UCUUCCUUUGUUCGGUCUAUGUCCCGAUGUGCACAGAGAAGAUUAACAUCCCCAUAGGUCCCUGCGGUGGCAUGUGCCUCUCUGUCAAAAGAAGAUGCGAACCCGUUUUAAAAGAAUUUGGAUUUGCCUGGCCGGACAGCUUAAACUGCAGCAAAUUCCCACCCCAGAAUGAUCACAACCACAUGUGCAUGGAGGGCCCAGGAGACGAAGAGGUUCCCCUUCAUAGCAAGACCUCCUUGCAGCCUGGAGAAGAGUGCCACAGCAUGGGAUCUAACUCGGAUCAGUACAUCUGGGUGAAGAGAAGCUUGAACUGCGUCCUGAAGUGCGGCUACGACGCUGGUCUCUACAGCAGGUCAGCUAAGGAAUUCACAGAUAUCUGGAUGGCCGUGUGGGCCAGUCUUUGCUUCAUCUCAACUGCCUUCACAGUCCUGACCUUCCUGAUUGAUUCAUCCAGAUUUUCCUACCCGGAGCGCCCAAUCAUAUUUUUGAGCAUGUGCUACAAUAUUUAUAGCAUUGCUUAUAUUGUGAGGCUAACUGUGGGCCGGGAAAGGAUAUCCUGUGAUUUUGAAGAGGCAGCAGAACCUGUUCUUAUCCAAGAAGGUCUUAAGAACACAGGAUGUGCUAUAAUUUUCUUGCUGAUGUAUUUUUUCGGGAUGGCUAGCUCCAUCUGGUGGGUUAUUCUGACAUUGACGUGGUUUCUGGCUGCAGGACUCAAGUGGGGCCAUGAAGCUAUAGAAAUGCACAGCUCUUAUUUCCAUAUUGCAGCCUGGGCUAUCCCCGCUGUGAAGACCAUAGUCAUUUUGAUUAUGAGACUAGUAGACGCAGACGAGCUCACCGGUCUGUGCUACGUUGGGAACCAGAACCUAGAUGCGCUGACAGGCUUUGUCGUCGCUCCGCUUUUUACCUACCUGGUCAUUGGGACUUUAUUCAUUGCAGCGGGACUCGUGGCCUUAUUUAAAAUCAGGUCUAAUCUCCAGAAAGAUGGAACUAAAACCGACAAACUGGAAAGACUGAUGGUCAAAAUCGGUGUCUUUUCAGUGCUGUACACCGUCCCAGCAACGUGUGUCAUCGCCUGUUAUUUCUACGAAAUCUCCAACUGGGCUGUUUUCCGCUAUUCGGCAGAUGAUUCCAAUAUGGCAGUGGAGAUGCUGAAAAUCUUCAUGUCCCUCCUGGUGGGUAUAACAUCAGGUAUGUGGAUCUGGUCAGCCAAAACUCUGCACACGUGGCAGAAGUGCUCGAACAGACUGGUGAACUCAGGGAAAGUGAAACAGGAGAAGAGAGCAGAUGGUUGGGUGAAACCUGGGAAAGGGAACGAGACCGUGGUAUGAGAAAAGGACAACACCCCGACGGUCUGACUGCUCUCCCGUGAAGGACUGAUCGUGUGUAAGCAUUGCCGUGUAAAGGCUGGGAGUAGAGUAGGGAGACGGUUACACAACCUGUCUCUGGGGGAUGGAAAAAAAAGCCUUAAAGGAUAAACAGCAAAAAGAUCAUGCUGCAGAUACAAUAGCCAUAAACCAUACUGCCCAAAAUAGGAAAGCCCAGGGAGGCUUUAAAAGCUGUGAAAUAUCCAAACACGUUAUCUUCCUUUUUUUUUUGAAGCAGGAUGCAAUAUACUGAAGUCUUUAGAAGCUGAGGGACUGUAGCCCACAGCUGUGGGAUGUUGUUUUCUUUUCAUCAUCUUAUAGCUGAUGGAGGAAAGGCGGUCCGGGGCCAAAUUCUGGGCUGAUUUUUAGGGUCCAGUUAUCAGAAGAUGGAGUACCCAGGACGUCAGUUAGAUGUCUUCUUUCUGAGUUCAGCAUCGUGAAGGAAGCGCCUGACGAAGGUUGUGUCUUUGUGCCCUGGGGAAUUCUGUUGCUCCCAUACGCUGCACAAGCCAGCCAAGGAUCAGGUCCCUAGCAAAUACCAAGUGGACUUUCCAGGUCUGAGAGUUACCCAUUCUGAGUAGGAUUUAGUGAGGUAUUAGUGAGGAGGAUUCUUUAAGUCAUCUGAUGGUCUAAUAAUAAUUUUGACACAUUUACUGUCUGUAACCUGGUCUGAACUGAGAGUUGACUCUGCCUUGAGCAGGAAUUUGGACCUCCCUAGGUCCCUUCCCACCGAAUUAUUCUGUGGUUCAGUCAAUAUUUCUUAUUUUUUAAAAGCUUUACUCAAGGCCAUUGUCAGAAGUAGAGGAGUCAGUGGGAGCUGGGAACUGUGUAUGGUCUUCUGCAUCGAUUAUCGUUAUCAGCCUGCCUCCGUUCCUGUCCCUUCAGGUGCUCCUGCUAUUUCCAGUGGACUACUUUAUUCUACUGCAUUUAAUAGCUUUAAAUAAAGUCUUACAUUAUAGUGUUCCUUCCUCCAGGAAAGAGAAAAAUGAGUUGAGGGUCUCUUCAAACAAUGCCAGUUUUCUCCAAGUAAACUUAUCUGGCUCUCUCUGGAGACACAUUGCAUGAAGCAAUUAAGUCUUAAUAUAUUUCAUUCAGUGCGAUGGUAUCUCUGCAGACGCCAGUCUGGGGAGAAGCAAAAUGUUAAGUUCCUUGGCAACCUCAUGUUCACACAGAUCAGUUGUAUAAUUAUGUGUUUCAGUUACAAUUAAAGGAACAUUCUCAGCCCAUGACAUCGCAGUACAGCUGACUGCCUCACGACGUUGCUCCAAUUGCUCACUGACAGCUACGGAGAUUUUUUUUAACGUAUAUUUACAUGCAGAAUGUGAGCAGGCAUUCAGUCCUCAGGAAUGACGAGACAUUUCCAGUUUUUGUAAAGGGAUCCCAAGAGAAGAGAUCCAACUUCUUCAUGAAUAAUGUUGUUUCGUAGCACCUGUCGAGUUUUCUUACCCUUUCAUUUGAGGAGGCAUCAGCUUGUGCUCGUGGGUAGCUCGAACCUUGUGUCAGGGGCUUGUGUGGCUAAUAAGAAAGGUGAUGCAAAUAGAAAUAGCCCAGAAGUACUUAAGAGAGCACUGUUCUGAUACUCUAUCCCUUUGAAGGACCUUUGGUUUUAUCUGUGUGCCCUAAACUUUUGCUCAGUUUGUUUGUGUGGAACCUGGUCAGCUGUGAGCAUCCCCCCAGUGCCCCGACUAGCACGACCUCCGAGGGCAGCUGAGAACAGGCACUGCUUUAUUACAGUCCUCACUUUUCAUACAGGUGCCCCACGUGCUUCCCAAACCACAAUUCAUUCCAGCUCUGGCCGUGAGCACUAAUCUGUCCCAGAAGCGUGUAUUGUUUCAAUGUCAAUGUUGAAACAUGUGCUAGAGCACAUU